AUGCCGCAAACUAUAAGAUCCAUCCUCGGCAAGUCAGGACGAGUUACAAAGUCGUUCAGGCCACCUACAACUCGCAAGCCAUCAUCUCCAGCACCACGUAGGCCGGCGCGAAAGGCAAAGGACAAAGAUGCCGAACUCUUUCAGGACAAGCUCGACGAUAUGGGCCUGGCGAAACUGCUAGAGGAGGACCUCAGCCUCAGGGACAUCGUACAGGCCAUGCGCUAUAUCCGCUCCCGCAUGUUCAGCCUAGUUCCCUCAACAGGGUUCAACUCGACAAGAACGGCGGAAGUGCUCAACUACCGCGCUACCACUGCGCCCCUCGUCACAGUUGGACAUCUCAACGCAGUGCUUCGCUCACCUGGCAAGGUGGAGAGGGAACUGGCAGAGCUGACGUUAAAGGGCGUUGUGCGCAAAGUCAGAGUUGAGAGACGGGGUGGGAUGGGCGAGGCGUUGAUCGAGAUGGCUGAUCUCGAAGACAUGUUGCAAAGAGCAAAGCUGAGCGAGGAUACGAGAAACAAGUUUAGAGUGUUCCUGAAGGAGAACACAACCACGCAGACCUUGCCACAUGGCGUCUUGGAUAGCAAACAGGCGGACGAGCUUGUUAGGGCGGGAUUCCUCACAAGCUCUACACCCUCUGCACCCGAGGGAACUCUCGACAUGCGGCCGGAGGACCGCACGACGCUUACUUCCAUCCACCACGUUUCACGCUUCGCUUCGGGCACCGUCUCAGCCGUGGGCGGCCGAAACGCCAUCCAUCUCGCCGGAGGAGGCGGCGGCUCCCCGGCGCUCACUCACUCGUCCACAUCUCGAUCCGACCUCCGACUCGCCAUACCGGGCCACGGUCGACACCUUAAGUUGGCGUCAGCAGCUGUGGAAUGGGUACGAGAUGCCAUGGGACGGACACGCUGGGGCGAGGCCCCGGAGAGCUGGCUAAAGGAGCGGUUCGAGGGCGGUGGCCUAUACGGACCGCGGUGGAAGGAGUUCUGGGGUGUUGAGUGGACGUGGGUGCUAGGGGAGGCUGUUGGGCUGGGAGUUGUCGAGGUGUUUGAGACGGGCAGUGUGGGGAGGGGGGUGAGAGCCUUGGGGAGAUAG